AUGACAUGGGAUAAUAGGAUUAUGGAGGAGUCUUCCCUCCUCAUUACCCCUUUAAUACGUCUUGGACACCCAGACAUUGACUUGGAUGCCUCGGGAGAAUUAGCAUUAGGAUUUAAGACCGUUCCCCAUUUUAGCUGUACCAGAGAGAGACAAAAGGUACACAAGAUAACCAAGAAACAGGCCAGGGCUAGCAUGUCAUCCAAGAAGAAGAGGGCGGCGAUAGAUCUCUCCCUAGAGGCAGAGAGGAGACCUGAAGAAGGCGAUGGCGAUGGCGAAACCAGCGAUGGUGGCGCCAUGGCGGCAAAGGAUGUCAAGCAAGGAGAAGCAGUGCCUAAAGAGGAAACCGGCGGCGAGGAGAAGGUAGUUGAAGUGGUUGUGGACCAAGGAGAAGACGGCUCCAAUGAGGAGAUCAAAUAUAGGAGUCGACAAGGAGAGAUGAUGGAGGAGGACAAGCAACCUGCAGCAGCAAACGACGACGACGAUGGCGAGAGCGACGGAGCCGGAGCUAGCGCCGAAGAGAAGCACAUCGUAGCAGAGGCCGCCGGCAACGGCGACGACGACGGAGGCGAUAGCCGUACCGCCAUGGCGCAAGACGAGUUGAGCGAGAUGCAGGAGGAGAUGGAGAGGAUGAAGGAGGAGAACAGGAUGCUCCGGCGAGUCGUCGACAAGACGGUGCGCGACUACUACGAGCUGCAGAUGAAGCUAGCCGCCUACCAGCAGCAGCCGGCCGCAGAUGAGCCUAAGGAGACCGAGGUGUUCCUCUCCCUCGGCGCCACGGCCGCCGCCUCUGCCGGCAGCGGCUUCCAGGAGGCGAAGAGCAAGGAGCAGGCGCCGGCGCGGCGGCCUUCGGUGGGAAGCGACGACACCGACGACGGCAAGGAGGAUCUAGGGCUGUCCCUUAGCUUGGGCGCAUCGUCGUACGAGGAGGAUCAGAAGCUUGAAGCAAGGCACGUCGACGUCGUCGACGGAUCGGCGGCGGCCAUCGGCGACGGCAAGGCGAGGCCGGGAUACGCGCUGCUGGAGAGCAGCAAGGUGCAGGGCGCGCCUGCCGGCGAGCUCGCCGCGGCUGGCAUCGCGAGCCAGAGCGUCAACCCGGCCAACCGCAAAACUAGGGUUUCGGUGCGCGUCCGGUGCGCAGGCCCCACCAUGAACGAUGGGUGUCAAUGGCGGAAGUACGGGCAGAAGGUCGCCAAGGGCAACCCGUGCCCGAGAGCUUACUACCGGUGCACCGUCGCGCCGGGUUGCCCGGUGCGGAAGCAGGUGCAGAGAUGCCUCGAGGACAUGUCGAUCCUGGUGACGACGUACGAGGGCACUCACAACCACCCGCUCCCCGUCGGCGCCACCGCCAUGGCGUCCACCACCUCCGCCGCGGCCACAUUCAUGCUGCUCUCCAGCACCAGCUCCUCCUCCUCCGUCUCCGACGCCGCCGGCGUCUCCACCGUGCCCUCGUCGUCCUACCUCAGCCCGUACCUUCUCAACUCCGCCUCGCACCACUCCUCCUCGCCGCUGCUAAUGCCGGGCACCUCGGGCAGCGGCGGCGGCGGCGGCAUGCAACAUCUCAACCUGUUCGGGCACUCGUCGUCAUCGUCUCUUCUAGCUCCGCAGGCGCCAGGCUCCAACAAGUACCCGUGGUCUCUGAACCACCCUCCGCUCGGCGGCGGCGCCGGAGGUGGGUUAGGGGGCGGCAAGAGACCGUUCUGGAGCACCGGAGCCGACGACAAGCCGACGCCGGCAUUGCCGGAAAAUGUCGGCGCCGUGGUGUCAGACCCGAACAAGUUCUCCGCGGCGAUCGCGGCGGCGAUCAACAACUUCAUGGGGAAGGACGGCGAGAGUAGUAGCAGUAAGUGGGGCGUGGUUGAAUCACUUCCGCCCCAUGAGUAGUGAGAAUUACUAGCUAAUCAAAUGUGACAAAGAUUCAACGAUUGGGAAAGCAAUUACAAUUGUUGCGUGUAAACAAAUCAAACUAGGGAAAUCACACAUUGGAUAAUUUUUUGAGGGGACCGGCCGUUUGGUUGUAAUUUUUCAGGUUUUCUUUUGGAACAGAUUUAAUUGUUGU